GAACCUUGACAGUCCUGGAAUUUGUUGCACCGACGGAAGUCUUUUUCGACGUAUCAACCUUAUGCUUCUAGAGGGUCAAGUUUAAACAAGUGGUGAAAACGGAAUUCAUUCAUUUUGUGAAAUCAACUGAAAGUAACGAGUUAGCUAAUACUGAUACGGUAUGAUUCGGACAGUGUGCCGGACUGGCAGUGCUCUUUUGAAGCACUCCCGGCGAACUAUCCCGCCCCUGUGGACCGCUCCAGCGCAGCAGAGAUGGGCCUCCAGCCUGCCAAUGAACACCGUGGUGCUGUUCGUGCCCCAGCAGGAAGCCUGGGUGGUGGAGAGGAUGGGCCGGUUUCACCGCAUUUUGGAGCCGGGAUUGAAUUUCCUCAUUCCGAUACUGGACAAAAUUCGGUAUGUUCAGAGCCUGAAGGAGAUCGUCAUCGACGUACCAGAGCAGUCUGCGGUCUCUCUAGAUAACGUUACACUACAAAUCGACGGAGUCCUGUAUCUCAGAAUAUUGGACCCUUUUAAGGCGAGUUACGGUGUGGAGGAUCCAGAGUACGCUGUCACUCAGCUCGCCCAGACCACCAUGCGCUCGGAGCUGGGCAAGCUCACCCUCGACAAAGUGUUCCGGGAAAGGGAGACUCUCAACUACAACAUCGUGCACUCCAUCAACCAGGCGUCAGACGACUGGGGCAUCCGCUGCCUGCGCUACGAGAUCAAAGACAUCCAUGUCCCGCCCCGCGUCAAGGAGUCCAUGCAGAUGCAGGUGGAGGCCGAGCGGAGGAAGAGAGCCACCGUUCUUGAGUCAGAGGGAACGAGGGAGGCAGCCAUCAAUGUGGCGGAGGGCAGGAAGCAGGCUCAAAUCCUGGCCUCUGAGGGACAGAAGGCCGAGCAAAUCAACAAAGCAGCAGGUGAAGCCAAUGCAGUUUUGGUCAAAGCUGAAGCUAAGUCCAAGGCCAUCAAGCUGCUGUCUGAAGCUUUGGCGGAACAGAACGGGAAUGCUGCAGCCUCCCUCAGUGUGGCUGAGCAGUACGUGAUGGCCUUCUCAGGCCUGGCCAAGGAGUCCAACACCAUCCUGCUGCCCUCCAACACCGGGGACGUCAGCAGCAUGGUCACACAGGCCAUGAGUAUCUACGGCAGCCUGGCCAAGCAGUCCCAGAGGCUGGCAGAGAGCCCCCCUGCCAAAGUACCGGACCCAGAGGAGAACUUCUCCGCGGAUGCAGACCCCCAGCAGCCCUCCAGCGCUCAGUAGAGCCGGCCAGCCACCCGGGCAGACUCUCCUCCCCCACAGGGCCUCACAGGGCCGCCGCCUCUGCUCCCUGCAGCCGGGCCGAGAGGGGAACCGCUCCCCUGACUCCCAGCACCGCCCCUGGAGGAACCAGAGAAGGACAGACAACACACUGGCACCAGAGCUUUAACGGACACCAGAUACCAGAGCCCCUCAUCAUUACUCUAGAUUUGUUUGCUUGUUUAUUUCUGCUGUUUAAUUUUGUUAUGGUGCAUAUCCACAUGUUCUCAGCACGAUAGGAAGUGCCACGGGGGCAGUAAUCAGUGGUGCGCACACUCAUGAACAAUUCACUUGUACGCAGAGAAUGCUGCGGGCACGUGUGCUUGGUUCAAGCUGUAGUAUAUUGCCCUCUCGAGUCAUGUUUUAUCUGAGGAGUAAUGCCAUAAUUCAUACAGGUCUACAACUUUGUGCCUCUUCUCGACAGUCUUUAAAAAAAAAAAAAUAAUAAUAAUUCUUUAUUAGUUCUGCAGAAUUUUUGUAUGUUCAGCCGAUGCUUUGACCAUGUCUCUCGGGUGUUCUCUGGUGUGUCACUCGAAGGAAACAUGGUAACAUGUUAAGAUAUUGCACUUAUUCAGUAAAAGUAAAAAUAAAAUUUUUACAAUCAUC